AUGUCUACUGCGGUUAAGGCAACAGUGGCGAUAGAUUUUGGGACGACCUUCAGUGGAUUCGCCUAUUCCAAUAAUUCUCACCAGAACAGAGGGGCCACAGAACACAUAUACAUGAGCAAAAAGUGGGGGCACAAUAGAGGCAUCAGCACUUUAAGAACGCCAACGUGCAUGCUUUUGAAACCAGACAAGGGGUUUGAUGCCUUCGGAUAUGACGCUCAAGAAAAAUUUGCUAGUCUGGAAGGAGGAACAGACAAAGAGUACUAUUAUCUAGAGAGAUUUAAAAUGGAGUUACAUAACAGAGAGAAAAUUGAUGUUAACACUGAACUCACUGCAAGUAAUGGUAAGCGAGUCAAUGCCCUGCUUGUAUUCGCUGAAGCUAUAAAAUUCCUGGCAACUGAAGCAGUUGAAGUAAUACGUCAGCGUUCUGGUUCUAAGUUGAGUAAAGAUGACAUUCAGUGGAUAUUGACUGUACCAGCAAUUUGGAAUCAAGUAUCCAAACAAUUUAUGAGGGAGGCGUGUAUCGAGGCUUCUAUCAUUACAAGGGAAAAUCCACGGCAACUCAUGCUGGCACUGGAACCUGAAGCGGCUGGUCUAGACUGCAGGACACGGAGUAUGGCGGAAUUCGUAGAUGGAAAAUCAAAGGAAAAGUGUGGAGAUGUUACUGCAAAGCCUGGGACAACGUACAUGGUUAUUGAUAAUGGCGGUGGCACUGUUGAUAUCACUGUGCAUCGAAUCAACAAGGAUCAGACAAUUGAUGAGCUACAUCGACCAACUGGAGGAGCAUGGGGAGGAAUUUGUGUGGAGGAGGCAUUUGAGAAACUGAUGAGUGAUCUCUUCGGCUCAAAAUUCAUUGCCGAAUACAAAUACAGCUAUCCAGCACAAUGGACCGAGCUUAUGACCGAUUUUGAAAUGAAAAAGCAAUCGCCUAAAUUGUCGAAUGAAUACACUAGAAUCCGAUUCCCCUACGACUUAUUCACUAAGGCAAAGAUCACCACAAGAGCAAGGUGUCGUUUUGAAGCAGAUGACGUGAAGCUGACAGGUGGUUAUCUUAGACUUAGUCCCAGUGUGAUGAUGGGAUUAUUUGAGAAACCAGUAAACAACAUCACCAAUUUUGUUGCUGAUUUGUUGAAAGAUAGACAAUUUGAUAAUGUUACUAUUAUGUUUCUUGUUGGUGGAUUUUCCGAUUCGCCAUUUUUGAGAAAGAAAUUUGAUGACAAAUUUGGAUCAAAAUAUAAAAUUUUGACACCAAUCGAUGCGAGUUUAUGUGUUGUCAGAGGGGCUGUAUUGUUUGGUCAAAAACCUGAAAUAAUUAGCACCAGAGUAAGUCCCUACACCUACGGUACCUACCUGACUGUCUUAUUCGAAGAAUCGGAACACGAGGAAAGGUACCGUUAUACUUAUAUGGGCGAUGAAUUUUGUGAUAUUUUUCACAAACUGGUCACGACUGGUGAGAAAGUCAAACUCGGGGAGAUCAGGUCGGUAACCACAUACCCCGUGAAUGAAUCACAAAAGACUGUCGAUAUUGACUUUUAUAUUACAGCUAACAAGAAAGUGACGUAUGUAAAUGAACCGCAUGUAAGAAAAGUUGCAAGCGUUACCCUUGAAAGCCUCAACACCAGCAAAGGUAAUGACAGGCAGUUCAAAUUGGACAUUCAAUUUGGAAAUACAGAAAUUCAAGCCACAACUAAAGACGAAGAAAGUGGCAACAGCAAGAUUGUGUUUCUUGAUUUCUUUUCCCAUUCCACUGAACGUGGGUCGUGA